UAGAUGCCCCUACAUGGUCAAAACGAUUUCGCAAUACUUCGAGCAGCUCUUAGGUACAUUGUACUAAACAAAAAAAACAACACAAGACUUCAUCAACUAACUUAUAUGGUCAACGAAAAAACGGACAUUUACUCCCAACUUUUUAUACUUUGAUGGGCAAUUGACGACACCUAAAAAAAGCAGACAAGACCCCAGUAACUCCAGUCGACAGGACUGCAUCCAGACGCGCCAAGCCCAUUCAUCCAGAGUGUCGCCCAACCAGCACGCCAGUCAUAGCAGACGGACGGUGAGACCAGUGGUCGGCAGAUCCAAACCAAAUGAGCGAGCGGUCGCAGCAGACGAUAAACACGGAGCAGAACAGGGGGACUGUUAGUGUGAUCCGGGGCCAGGCUAGUGGAGCGAAGACAUCAGGACCACCAGGAGGAAGCUUACAGCGGGUACCCCAGCUAGUCCCUGUGACCCCAGCCGGAGCCGGAGGAGGCAAGGCCACCCCACCACCCAGCAAGAUGAAGAAGACGUCGGGGGACAAGGACAGUGACGAGUACCGUCAGCGGCGGGAACGGAACAACCUGGCGGUUAAGAAGAGCCGGAUGAGAUCUAAGCAGAAGGCGCAGGACACGCAGCAACGUGUCAACGAGCUGAAAGAGGAGAACGAGAGGCUGGAAGCUAAGAUCAAGCUGCUCAGCAAAGAGCUGUCUGUCCUCAAGGACCUCUUCCUGGAACACGCCCACAACCUGGCCGACAACGUCCAAGCGCCUGGCGCGGAGGGGGCCAGCCCUGCCCACAACAACAACAACAACAAUGGGGCUUGUAACAACAAUAACAACAGCCAGUGAGAAGAGGGCAGGGACAUGAAAUAGGAUACCACAUGGCACCCUAUUCCCAAUAGGGCUCUGGUCUAAAGUAGUGCACUACAUAGGGAAUAGGGUGCCAUAGGGCUCUGGUCUAAAGUAGUGCACUACAUAGUGAAUAGGGUGCCAUAGUGCUCUGGUCUAAAGUAGUGCACUACAUAGGGAAUAGGGUGCCAUUUUUGAGUCACCAUGGUGAUGGUAGAUAGACAGCUCGCCACUGCUUCUUAACCGUUACUGGAGUUUCUUCCUCUCUCUCCUCCCAGAGAUGAUAUAUACUGGCAGAGAGAUUUCACCGUUGUCUUUCUUCCUCUCUCUCCUCCCAGAGAUGAUAUAUACUGGCAGAGAGAUUUCACCGUUGUCUUUCUUCCUCUCUCUCCUCCCAGAGAUGAUAUAUACUGGCAGAGAGAUUUCACCGUUGUCUUUCUUCCUCUCUCUCCUCCCAGAGAUGAUAUAUACUGGCAGAGAGAUUUCACCGUUGUCUUUCUUCCUCUCUCUCCUCCCAGAGAUGAUAUAUACUGGCAGAGAGAUUUCACUGUUGUCUUUCUCUGUGCUUUCUGAUUGGUUCACAAUAAUGAGAUUUUUUUAAAGAGUUUCAGGUCAGGAAUUGUCCACUUUUUUUUUUUGUUGUUGUUGUUGUUGACUAUUUGGAUACAUUUCUAAAGAGACCCUGUUGUGUUGUGUCACAAGAUAAACUAUUCACUAGUUAAGAUGAUGUGGGGGGGGGCGGAGGGGGGGGGGGUAUAGCUUUUUUCCCCUUUGGUUUCUUGUUCCUUUUUGUAAAGAAUGUUUGGUGAACUAGCUACCAUUCGUCUGGCAUUUUAGUAUUGUCAGUACUUUCACUACGUCUGAAGUUAAUCAGAAUGAUGUAUGUCUAUUUUGGAUGUCCGGCGGCGUCAGACACGUUGUACAUUUUUUUUUAAAUAUUUUUUAAAAAAUAUAUAUUUCUUUGUGUCCUAAUCGAAUGUGCUUUACUUGUGCUUUGAUCUCUUUUUGGGUAGAAGGGGACUGUAAAAUAUCAAGAGUCAAAUAAAAAAGAGGUAGGAUCGGAUUGGACCCAAAAACCUAACUUGUGAUCAGAACGCUUAAACCUUUUAUUUGUUGUUGUUGUUGUGCAAGACGUGUAGUUGUUGACGUCAAACGGGAGCUGUGCAUGAUGUCAAGUUAGGUUUUUCAGGCCUGUGUGAGAUACAGUCCGUCACUGUAUUAAUUCACCCCCCCCCCCCCCCAGUAGUUCCACAGGCUUCAGACACAGCCCGUUCAGACCCAGAUAAGACCCGAGGUCGGCAUCUCAAAUAGCAGCCCUGUUCCCUAGACCGGUGCACUAGUUUUGACCCCUAUGUGUCGCUCGUCUCAACAAAAAAGGAAAGGUAGUUCACUAAAUAGGGAAUAAGGUUCCAUUUGGGAUGCAGACGGGACAGAGGUGUGUUCACGUUUUUUAAGGAGUGUCCCAGACUAGACAGUCCAGACUAUCAUGCACCUCCGUGGGAUUAAACUCCAGACGUUUCGCAUGGCGUCACAGACCACUGGCUAAACCCAAGUUAAGCCUUUCUCCCUAAAAAACCUGGAGAGAAAGAUAGAAUGGCUCAUUGUCCUGUUGUUCUGUUCUGGGCGUUGGGGAUGCUACAUUAACUCCUAAUUAGCCCACGGGGCUAGCUAGAACAGAGCGAGGCACGUUGGCUCCCGUCUCCAGUGGUGUCAGGCUCAGUCAGCGGCUAUCAGAAUGUACAGAAAGAAUCUUUCCAUCAGAAUGUACAGAAAGAAUCUUUCCAUCAGAAUGUACAGAAAGAAUCUUUCCAUCAGAAUGAAUAGAAAGAAUCUUUCCAUCAGAAUGUACAGAAAGAAUCUUUCCAUCAGAAUGUAUAGAAAGAAUCUUUCCAUCAGAAUGUAUAGAAAGAAUCUUUCCAUCAGAAUGAAUAGAAAGAAUCUUUCCAUCAGAAUGAAUAGAAAGAAUCUUUCCAUCAGAAUGUACAGAAAGAAUCUUUCCAUCAGAAUGUAUAGAAAGAAUCUUUCCAUCAGAAUGAAUAGAAAGAAUCUUUCCAUCAGAAUGUAUAGAAAGAAUCUUUCCAUCAGAAUGUACAGAAAGAAUCUUUCCAUCAGAAUGAAUAGAAAGAAUCUUUCCAUCAGAAUGUACAGAAAGAAUCUUUCCAUCAGAAUGUAUAGAAAGAAUCUUUCCAUCAGAAUGUAUAGAAAGAAUCUUUCCAUCAGAAUGUAUAGAAAGAAUCUUUCCAUCAGAAUGUACAGAAAGAAUCUUUCCAUCAGAAUGUAUAGAAAGAAUCUUUCCAUCAGAAUGUAUAGAAAGAAUCUUUCCAUCAGAAUGAAUAGAAAGAAUCUUUCCAUCAGAAUGUAUAGAAAGAAUCUUUCCAUCAGAAUGUACAGAAAGAAAAGGCAAGACUGAUUUUUUGUGUUUGUUUCUGUUGUCAGACUUGAGUAAAUUAUCCAGCUUUGUGGGUAAUUGUCUUACCAUAGGAUUGUCUUCUCUGAAACAACGGCAUAUUCUGAUGUUGUGAUGAUGAUGAUGAUGAUGUGUAUUUGGCCAGAGGAGUCCACGUUGAGUGUCUGUGAUUUUAUAGGGUGUGCGUCCCCAAUGGCACACUGUUCCCUAUAUAAGUGCACUACUUUUUUGAGUAGAGCCUUGUCAACAGGCAGUGCACUAUAAUAACGUCUAGGGUGCCUUUUGGAGCCCUGUUGUAGACUUCUGUACCUCAGGCUACCAGUAUUAGCCACACCAAACAGGGGCCUUUUGGUUCUUUCUCAACAAGACCUCUGAAGCGUCUUUUCAAAUUGUUUUUUUUUUUGUUUGUAUUCUUUGUUUUUCUACAACUUGGAUUUUAGAAAGCAGCAUGACGGAAGUGGUUUGCAUGGGGGGGGGGGCACUGUUCAAAUAUGUAAUUUCUUUUGCACUACAAAAAAGAGAAACGAUAGCAGAUCUGGGCAUAUUGAAACUGUUGUCUUCAACAUGUUGUGCUGGUUUGCUGUUGUUGUUGGAACAGAAGAGAUCACACGAAAUUGAAAAUAAUGUCUGAAUUCAAGAUAGAAAAAAUAUUUUGUAAAAAAAAGAAUGUGACAAAUUUGAUGAAAAUAUUUCCGUGAAUAUAUGUGUUGGUUUGAAUGUUGCUGGGCAGCAUUUUUCUCUUAGCUAGACUUGCUCUUUUUUUUUAUAAGAUUAUAUUGGGGUAACGUGCAUUGUAAAUUAAAAUUGAGUACAAACUUUCCAA